UUCUAGUGACUGAGUAGGUACUUUUAUUAUAUUUGCGUUACUAUAGUAUUAAUCACAUAGAGUAUUGUUAUAUUGUGUUAUCAUUGUUACAUUUUUUAUUUUAACAGAAGAUGUAUACAAUAAUUUUGUAAUAUCAUGUACGUGAAUGAUAUUCGCAUGGAUUUUUCAAAUUUACACUAAAUGUAUAGAUAUCUGGAUAUAUCAGUUGGUGAAGAUGACACCAUUCCAAUUGCAUGGACAUACUCUUGGAGAAAGACAUAGAAACUAUAAUGCACACUUCAAAAAUAUUAUUGAAGAAAACUGUGGUUCUCCACUUGAAAAAAUCAACAAUGAUGACAUCGACAUCAACAAUUUUCUUAAAAUAGACCUUGCUUGUCAUAACAGAAAUGUAAACUAUGUCCUUGAUAUUUAUAAAUGCGAAGAUACGCUAUAUGUGUCUAGAGCGAUAAAGCGAAGCACUUGGUUAAUCAAAGACAAUCAAUAUGAAAACAUCAUUAAUCCCGACUACUUGCACACGCAACUAUUUCCGCAUAUGACGUCUAAAGCGAAAUGUAAAUUAUUAUUGUCUAUCAGACUUAACUUAAGAGGAGAAAGUAGAGUAGAGACUUUUUUUAAUUACAUUAAAAAAGACAGUAUAUAUAAUGCUCUAAAAUGGUUGCCGCACUGCUCUGCGCCUUUUAUAGAAAAAGUAUUAGAUGAUCAUUCCGAUAUAAUUAAUCCCUCAUUAAUAAAAAGGCUUUGUGAGAAAUCUUUUAAAUAUUUAGGUAUGAUAAUAUUAAAAUUUUAUUGGAAUUCGAUAAGAAAUUUAGAGUACGACUUAGAAGCCACAAAAUUACUAAUGCAUACUGACCCUGAAAAGUAUAUGGACAUAAUACUAAACGUUCGAAAUUUUUUCAUUCCGAAACUUGGAGCUAGAGCUACGAAAACAGCAAUGAAAUACUGUCCUGAAAAAGUAUCGAAUUCAUUUCAUAAGCUUUCUCGUUACAUUCAUGUCCCGACAUUUAUAAAAUAUUACAAACACAAAGAAUUAAAAGAUUUUCUCAUAGAGCAAUUAAAAAAUGAACCUUUUAGAAAAAAACUAAUUUAUUACAUCUCAAUAUUUAAAAAGUAUUUGCCAUUAGAACACCGUAUCCAAAUAGUAGAAAUCUUCACAACAUUUCAAAAGCAACCCUUAUCGGUUAAAAAUAUUACAGAAUAUGAUAUGGAUGAGCUGUUAUGUAAAUGUGUUGAAGCCAGUAUCUCUCCAUUAGCUAAUAUAGUGCCAGGUGUCGGUUACAAAUGGUACACUUUGCUACCCUUUGAAAUCGCUUUUCCAAAAGUAAAAAGUAUUAUUCACACAGAAUCACUAGGGCGUUCUAGGAAUAAUUUACUAAAAAUAUUAAUAUGCUGUGCGGGGAACAAUUUGAAAAAUAUUGAAUCGGUGUUAGAAUACUAUAGUGAUAAGCAUAUAAAUGAAGCAUUGGUAUUCAAAAUUCACUUUCUGAAUAAUAUAAUUUCACUGACGACAUGUACGCAUAAAUUAAGUAGUAAAUCCUGGAAAAUUCUAAAUAAUCUAUUUUACAGUGUAGGUAUAUAUGAAGAUUCAGACGAAACUCUUCAGAAUUGUGUUGAUUGCGUUCUCGUGUACAAUAUACUUCAUGGUAUUACUGUGCCUGAAAUAAUCAAAAGAAACAUAAAUAUGUGUUCGAUAAGUAUUUACAAAAACAAAUUAAAUAAGUCAGAACAAGAAACUAUUUUCGACUUUUUGUACAACUAUCUUUUAGUACAAUUACAAAAACGAGACAUUACAAAUGAAAUUCAAUUUCAUAAUAGUGUUCAAAUAUUAGAAUCUAUUCUGAAUUUAUUAAACGACUGGGAUAAAGAACUGUCUCACUAUACAAUUUUAUUAGAAAAAAUAAAGGAAUAUAUUAAAAUUAAUAAAUCAGAGUCAUGGAAUUAUAAUCUAUCAAAUUUAUAUAACAUAAAAAAAUCAUGGAAAAAGUAUAUGUUUGAAGAAUCGUUUGAUUUAUGCCCUUCGGAUGAACUAUGCGUGUAUGUACUAAAGCAUGAUCCAACUUUUCUAGACCGACACAGGUGGGGAAUAUUAGCAUUAUUAUUCGAUGACAAUUAUAAUAAAUUGAACUCCUUAAAACGUACUCUUCAAAAAUUACGGACCUACUGGCCUUUAUCAUUAGGGCCAGAAUGGGCCGAAUCAUUGCAGGGGCGGUUUAACACACCCUACGCACACAAAGCUGUAAAAGGACUAUGCGUUCUUUUAUCGUCAGAUCAACUUAUUCAAUUCAUUAAUAAAUACAUACCAGUUGAAUCCAAAAUUAAUGUAGACGAAACCAUUAAUUCAACAUUGUGCCUACAAAAGCAAAUUGCUAUGAAUAUGUAUAUAUCCAGGCCACCACUUUCACUUGAAAUUAUCUUAUGGUACAGUAAAGGUGAUUAUGUACACUAUGCCCGACCUUCACUGGAUGCAAUGUUAAGUAAUAUGAGUCCAGUUAAAAGUAAAGAAAUUAUAUCAAUAUUGUUAAAAAGUACUCGAGUAUCAUUGCAGAAGUAUGGUAUUAAGCUCGCAGCAGAUAAACUAAAUAGCGAGGAUGUUAAACCUCUAAUGUACAAUACGUGGAUUUGCACCAAUAAUAUGUCUGUACGUAACUUUAUCUUCAAAAAAGUAUUUAAUGUAUUAAUAAAAGAAAAGGACAUAGAAAUGUGGAAACUAUUGAGCUAUUUUAUUGAUGAUUUAUCAAAAUCAAAUAUUGGCAGUUCCACUAUAUCCUAUACCUUAAAAAAAUGUUACUUAGUUCCUAUUGAUAUAAAAGUUAAUUUUUAUAUGAAGAGCUAUGUAUAUAUGUCGUCUUUACCAUUUGAUCUCAUAGGCGUGAAAAAUUUAGAAUUGCUGAAAUCGCAUAUAAAUCAAAUUAUAUCAUUGCAUUUAUUAUGCGCAAAAGAUGAGGAAGCACAAAUGCAAGCAUACAAAAAUGUUUUAAUCCCUAUCAUGGAUAAUUAUAAUCUGAAUGAAUUAACCAACUGCAUCAUCGGGGAUUUACAUAAGUACAUCGGAAUUAGUAGUACAAUACCAUUUAAAAUAUUUGUAGCUAUACAGAGCGAACUGGAAAACAAGUUAUCUGUAGACAAAAACUAUAUCUUACUAACGAAAUGGAACUUGACAACAGGUUUUCUUAAAACAUUGGCUGACUACGUAUACAAUACAGUUGACGACAAUGUAACGACGUCCGAUCCAAACAAACAUUUGAUACAAGCCUCUCUGGUCGAUAUAUUCAAUAGUUCAGAGAAGAAAAAUAAAUGGAAAGAUAUAUGUGAAAUCAUGAUACCUCUCUUCAAAGAUAUAAUAGAGCAAUAUUUGAAACAACAAAUUGAAAAGUAUUCGCCCAGCAUAUAUACAUUGUUUUCAAGUGCCCUGAAUAGUACAAUUGAAACAUUACGAUUUGAACGUCGCACGCUGUUAUUAAAAAACUUGUUAUUGAACGAGAACACGUUUAUGAACUUGGUGGUGCUACAAAUGAUUACUAUAAUUGAUGAGACGAGUGAGUGUCAAGAAGAUACUGAAAUACGUGAAAAAAUUUUAUCUCAAUUACCACCCGAACAAAAAGUUUACUAUUACAAUAAAUUUAAGCAUAAUAAGAAAUAAGUUAACCCAACAUUUUUUGAUGAUUUUGAUAUUGUAUUUACUUAUGUAGUUAGCAAGUUGAAAUCAACAUUUACCUAGCA